GGGGCGGGCCACUGGCGCCCGACCUCGGCGGAGGGAGGGAGGGAGCCAGGGGGCAAGCGCUGGGGAGCAGCAUGGAGACCUCCGCAGACAGGCUGGCCACCGCAGCCGCCCAGGGCCGGGCCGACGAGGUGCGGGCGCUGCUCGCGGCUGGGGUGCCGCCCAACGCGCGGAACCGCCAAGGUCGGAGCCCGAUUCAGGUCAUGAUGAUGGGCAGCACCCGCGUGGCCGAGCUGCUGCUGUGCCACGGCGCGGAGCCCAACUGCGCCGACCCUACCACCCUCACCCGACCUGUGCACGACGCGGCCCGGGACGGUUUCCUGGACACGCUCGUGGUGCUGCACCGAGCCGGCGCGCGGCUGGACGUGCGCGAUGCCUGGGGCCGCCUGCCCGUGGACCUGGCUGAGGAGCGGGGCCACCGCGCUGUCGCCGGGUACCUGCACGCAGCCGCGGGGGGCACCGAAGGUGGUAGCCACGCCCUUACGGAAGUUGCGGAAGGCUCUGCAGACAGCCCGGACUUAAAGAAUGAUUGA